GUUUUGCAACAGCUGGAGGCACGCUGUGUGGGAAACACUGCUUUAGACUAUAGACCAGUGUUUCCCAACCAAGGAGAGUCCAGCUUACCCAAAACUACAACUCCCAGCAUGCUGGAAGUUGCAGUUUCGCAACAGCUGGAGGCGCCCUGUUUGGGAAACCCUGAAAUAAAGCUACAUUUACUUAUAUUUAGCUUCAUCUUGCAUAAUGUUCAUAAAGAUUGAUCAUUCCCUAUAGGUCUGUAACUUUCUGCGUCAGAUAAGAAAAAAUAAGUUGUCGGAGGGAUUUUCCACGGUGAGAAAUCCAGACUUUGGAUCUGCCAAAAAGCAAUAAACAUGUAUAUUCUUUCAUCGUCAGUGGUGACAUCGCAGGGACGUGCGGUCCUACCACCAAGAGAGUGGUGUUUGCUGCACUUGGAAUAUCUCCAGGAGUCUGAUAGGAUGGGAAAGAGCACAGAAGAGUCCCACCCUUACUACCGGGACUUUGUCCCAGCAUGUGCCUCAGCUGGGAUGAAGAUGCUGCUGCAGCCGGACAGGAUUAUGUUCUGGAUGACUGCAACAUGAAAACAGAGAGAAGAGGAUUACAGAGCAGCGAUUGGAUGAAGAGACACAGUACAGCAGACUUGGGGAGGAAGUGUAUGCAUGGUCCCUCCGAGUGGUACCGAUACUUCCCUAUUGCCCAGGGUAACCGUCAAUCUCCUAUUAAUAUAGUCACCAGUCAGGCGGUCUUUAAUCCCAGCCUGCCACCUCUAGUGGUGUCCUAUGAUCAGUGCACGUCCAUCAACAUUUCAAACAAUGGUCACUCGGUCAUGGUGGAGUUUGACGACAAUGAUGACAAAACAGUGAUCAGUGGAGGACCACUUAAUGAUCCCUACCGCCUCAAACAAUUCCACUUUCAUUGGGGAAACCAGGACAAUGAAGGAUCAGAACACACUGUGGAUGGCAAAUCUUACCCCUGUGAGCUCCACUUGGUUCAUUGGAAUGCAAAAUCCUACUCCACUUUCAGUGAGGCAGCGGCGGCCUCAGAUGGGCUGGUGGUCAUUGGUGUCUUCAUGGAAAUUGAGGAGAAACACCCGGGCCUUGAUAGGUUAACAGACGCAUUGUACAUGGUCAGAUUUAAAGGAACCAAAGCACAAUUUAACAACUUCAAUCCCAAAUGCCUGCUGCCAUCCAGCCUAGAAUACUGGACAUACCCCGGUUCUCUAACCACACCCCCUCUCAAUGAAAGUGUGAACUGGAUUGUCCUGAAAGAGCCUAUAAAGGUUUCAGAAAAACAGAUGGAACGAUUUAGGAAAACCAUCCUUUUUAAUGAUGAAGAAGAGGAAGAGAGGAUCCAUAUGGUGAAUAAUUUCCGCCCCCCACAGCCUCUCAAUGGCAGAAAAGUACAAGCAUCUUUUAAGUGUUGAUGCCUAUGAGCACUGAGGACUUUCUCAACAGCAGAAACCAAACUCGCUGUCCGAUGGACUCCAAGGGGGCCAAGUUCUGCCUUAUAUUUUAUAAUAAUCCAAUUGCUGCAUUGUAGAUUUCUAUUGCACUUAUCUUUUCAUUCAAAUUUCUUUAAUGAAUAAAUCAUUUUUUUUCUGUAGAUGACACACUGUUUUUCACCUGUUAUGUUAUAUUUGCAACAUUAGCUUUAUUAUUGUUAUUAUUAUUAUGAUGUUCAGGAAGAGAAUAUGUUUGAUCCUGAGUUACAACCUGUAUCAUUCUGUACAGCUGAAGUCAAAAUGCUGCCAACUUCCGCACGAAAAUUCUGAGGUGUGAACAUAGCAUUAAUCUCCCUACACUCUACACAGAGUUUGAUCUGGUAAUUUUUCUUCUGGGAAAGUGUGGUCUGUGUGGACUUUCCACCAACAGUGGAGCGCUGGCAGAACAUUCCAGCGCUAGGACCGCUUGGAAAUGCUUUGCCGUGUAUGACUCCAUAGAAAGAAUAGACAUGACUAUUCUUUCUGCAGAUGCUGGAAUCUGAAUUUCUAAGCUAACAAACAUCUGGCGCGGAAAUUCUGCCAUGUGCACAGUGAAGCAGAAUCCCAUUGAAAUCAAUAGGAUUCUGCUGCUGCUGUGGAAAUUCCAAUGUGUGAACAUAGCCUUAGGUUAAAGGGGUACUCCAGUGGAAAACAUUUUUAUAAAAAAAUUUUUUUUUAAAACAACUGGUGCCAAAAAAAAAAAGCGAUUUGUAAAUGACUUCUAUUAAAAAAUCUUAAAGGAAAACUGUCAGAUAUUUUCUCCCGCACUAUCCUCCCUCCAGUUAGAAGCAGCGAAGAGAGGGAGAACUGGAGGGAGGGGGGGAUGAAUGUUCAUAAGUGGCACUGACGUCAGUGCCAGUUAACCUGCAGAAGCCCCGCCCAUGCCAGUUACAGCAAGAUAUACACAUAGAUUAAAACUACAAUUGCGGGCAAAUGGCUGGGCGGAUCUAGACGAGGUAGGGCUAGUUUUAAUCAGCGUCUCCCGUUCUAUCCACCAGUAGUGUGGAUAGUGUGGGAGAAAAUGUCUGACAGUUUUCCUUUAAUCCUCGAAGUACUUAACUGCUGUAUACUUCAGAGGAAAUUAUUUUCUUUUUGGAUUUCUUUUCUGUCAUGACCACUGUGCUCUCUGCUGAUACCUCUGUCCAUGUCAGGAACUGUCCAGAGCAGCAUAUGUUGAUAUGGGGAUUUUCUUCUGCUCUGGACAGUUCCUGACGUGGACAGAGGUGUCAGCAGAGACCACUGUGAACAGACAGGAUAAAAAAAAAAAGAAUUUCCUCUGUAGUAUACAGCCGCUAAUAAGUACUGGAAGGAUUAAGAUUUUUUUUAAUAGAAGUAAUUUACAAAUCUGUUUAACUUUCUGGCACUAGUUGAUUUGAAAAAAAAAAGAAAAAAGUUUCCCCCCGGAGUACCCCUUUAAAUUCACUUGGGCCAGAAAGCGGCAUUUUACCUGCUAAAACUUUCAGCGGAUUACAUUACCAGGCUACUGGAUGAGCAAUGACAUUCUUCAGGUGGAAAUUUCCAAGCAGAUUUUCCGUUCACAAAUUCCUCUUCACAAAGUCCGAAGUGUGAAUUUGUGAUCGGAAACCCAUUCACUAUACUAUACAUAAUAGUAAGUGGAGCUUCUGCCUGCAAUUUCACAGUGGAAGUGAACCUAGCCUAAGGGUCUAUUCAUACGGCAGAAUUUCAGCUUGCGGAAUUCUGCCUCAAAUGAAAGCCCAUAGACGUCUAUGGGAUUCUGCACUCCAAUUUACACUUCUGAACUUAUGCUUUGAGGCAGAAUUCCGCAAGCGGAAAUUCUGCUGUGUGAAUAGACCCUAAGGGUGUGUCUGUCCACAAACCUAAAGGGGUUUCCAGGAUUAGAAAAAUGUGGCUUCUUUCCUUCAAAAACAGCUCCACUCUUGUCCACAGAUUGUGUUUGGUAUUGCAGCUCUCCUCCAUUGAAGUAAAUGAAACUGAACUGCAGUUCUACACACAACCUGUGGACAGGAGUGGUGCUGUUUUUGCAAAAAAGAAGCAGCAUUUUUCUAAUCCUGGAUGGUCCCUUACUGUACACAUUAGAUGUGUCAGCCAAACCCAAUAUUUGUAGGAAUAACCAACCUGCAGGGGUCUCCUGAUUCUCUCCAACCAAUGAUGUCAAUGGAGAGAAGGAUUGGACAUGUUGAAUUUCAACUGUCUGCUCAUUUUCUUCUUGAGGAUAUAAGCCACUGCAAGAAGAGAGCAUUCAUGUGUUUGUGUGUAAGUAUGACUACUUUUAUGGACUCUUUACUAUAACAAACAGCAAAACUUUUGAUAAUAGUCCAUUGUCAAGAGUCAAUAGUGUCAUUGCUUGUGUCUCCCAAACUCGUUCCCUGUUACAUAAUGUAUAUUCAGCCGAUAUGUUAGUAGCCUAACCUGAGCAUAUAAUAAAUGGCAAUGGUUUCUGGGUUCUUGCACCAGUAAAGUCAUUUAUAAUGUAAUUUGUUUGCUUUAUGAUUGCUAAGAUCACAAUCGUAACUUAAAUCUCGUAUUCUGUCAAAAUAGUAACAUUAGAGGUGCAUGAU